AUACCGAAAAGAGAUUGCGUUUGCGAACUGAGACACCUCGAACAGGUUUCGAACUUGACGAUUGUGUUGACGGUGCUCAAUCAGUGUAGAGGUAUUUGCGCGUCCUUUUCGUGUCGUAUUGUUAAAUUUUAAAUUUAAAUCGCUUAAGUUUACUGUAAACCUACUCUCAAAAGUAGAAUAUUAAUUUAUUUGGCAAUAUAUACGUAUACGCACGCACACACACAAACCCAAACACUAACGUUGACUCUUAUAACGCGUAUCGGUUGUAUUAUAAUCGUCAGCCCGACCGUCGCACAGUCAUCUGACGUUAACGCAACAAAUUUUUUUUUGGUUUGACACAGCAACUCACUCACGCACACGUACGGACAUCCAUUAAAGCAAAAUCUACGUUCAUGUGUUGUUCUAGUUGCGUAGCGUAUCGUUUACUGCAUCAAGCAUACAUAGACUGCAGAGUUUUCUUUUAUGGGAUUUACCGAAAAUCACGUUUUUGAAAAGAUCAUUUGCGUUUUGUAUUUCGGCGAUUGAUGUUGUUUGUCGGCGCGUCGCUUCCCAUCUAAAUAAUGCAAUUGUUUAGUGCUGAUAUUAACAAAAAAAUAAAUCAAAACAAGUAUAUCAUCAUCGUCAUUAUGUUUACCAUCGUAAAAUUUUAAAAGAAUCUUAGUUUAUUGUCAUGGAGCAUAACAAUUAAUCGUGCUUACAAUAGAACAACGAAAACGGGAAAAUAAAAACAAAACAAAAUACCGCCGCGUCAAGUAAUAAUAAUAAUAUUACAAUUUGCAAAUUCGUUUUGAAUGCAAGUAUAUGUGUACAAGCAAAUCAAUAAGAUCUGUUAAAUGUGUUAAUAAAGAAAGUUAAAGGAAAAGAAAAAGAAAAAGAAAAAACAAAGAAUGACAACAGCAACAACAACAAAAAAAAAACAACAGGUUUCUCAAAAAUGUUCAAAUCACAGGAAAUUAACUUAAACAUGCAAAGGAAUAUUUAACUCAACAUAUAUUUCCGCAAAUUACUAUAAAUUACUAUUAAUAAAGAGAAAUUUAAGUUAAAAAGAAAGAAUAAGAAGAAGAAGAAGAAAUAAAAAAUAAUCAGAAAAACACAAAGUGCCAAACAUUUAUUGGAAAUUUCAAUUUAUUCGUUAUGCUUACCAUGGAAUCCGAUAUGAAAGGGGGCAUUUUACAUGCAACCAUGCCUCCGCAUCACACCUCAGCAGCCUUACAUGGACAUGCUGCCUCGCCUUACAGUGCUUUAGGACCUCUCAUGAACUUAGGUCAGUCACAUUUGGCCCAGCCUCCUUUUCCUCAUCACCAGCAUCAUCAUAUGGCCUCACAUUUGGCAAGCAGUCAAAGUCCCUCCAUUGCUAAUGGUUCUAGCAGUGCGUUAAGUUCUUUGCAAAAUAGCAUGGCCAACACACUGAAUGGUACAGCAAGUGGAGUGCAGCAGCACGGUUCACCGCUUCACAGCUCUAGUGAUUUAAGUCCUACUCAGUCUUCACAUACUAGCAUUGGCAGUCAUCAUAUGACCUCGCCUGGUCAAAGUCAUCAUCACGGCUCCCAUCAUCAUUCAGGUGGCAUAGGUGGUCAAAGUACACCUUUGAGCUCGGGUGGCAGUUCAGGUAACGGCGGCAGUUUAAAUAAUAAUAAUUCUUCGGCGGCGAACAAGAAUGCGCAGAAUGCAGAACGUGUCAAGCGACCCAUGAAUGCUUUUAUGGUGUGGUCGAGGGGUCAGAGGCGAAAAAUGGCUUCCGACAAUCCGAAAAUGCACAAUUCUGAGAUUUCAAAGCGUCUUGGCGCUCAGUGGAAAGAUCUUUCAGAGGCUGAAAAACGCCCAUUCAUUGAUGAAGCGAAGCGCUUAAGAGCAGUACAUAUGAAGGAACAUCCGGACUAUAAAUACCGACCUCGACGCAAAACAAAAACUUUAACUAAAACAAAGGAAAAAUAUCCACUAGGCGUAGGAGGACUAUUGCAGUCUCCAGAACCAAAUUCUAGUGCAGCACGCUCGACUUCAGGAAAUUCCAUUUCAGCGGCAGCCCAACAAGCGGCGGGUGUGAAUCGCGACAUGUAUCCAAUGAGCGCUCCAAAUGGGUAUAUGCCAAAUGGGUAUAUGAUGCAUGAUCCAUCGGCAGCCGCAUAUCAAAGUCAACACAGUGCCUAUAUGGGAAACUACCACCGAUAUGAUAUGGGACAAAUGCAUCAGGCUGCUGCCGCCGCUGGGUCAUUAAAUUAUAUGAACGCUGCUAGUGGUGGUUAUGGUAUGUAUGGCACGGUUUCCGGAGGGCAAACGUCACCGUAUGGUAACAUUCAACAGCCCGGUUCACCUUACGGGAGCAGCAAUGCCCCGCAACAGCCAGGCUCUCCGUAUGGUUUGUCGGGACAACCCGGCUCGCAAGUUUCCUGCCAAAGCCACAGUCCUAGCGAUUCCAGCGUUAAGUCGGAACCCGUAUCACCUAGCCCGCUACAUAGUUCUACAUCUGCCUCUACGGCGGGGCAGCAUAACUCUACAAAUUCUUCUGUUAUCGCCAAUAAUAACAAUAAUAAUCACAUUAUGAAGCGAGAAUACGUUAGCGCGCAGCAAUCAUCAGCAGAACUCAAUCAUCUUAUGAGUAUGUAUCACCUGCCCGAUGGCAUGCAGGCAUCGGCUGCCGCAGCUGCAGCCGCGGCCGCUGAACACCAUCAACGAAACCUGAUGCACUAUCAAACUAGUUCUCCCGAUCUUCAACAGCACCAAGCGCAACAUCACCAUCAGCAAUCGAUGCGUAGCAUGGCUCCAUUGGCCCAUAUGUGAGAAAUGGCAAAUGC